UCUCAUCUGACAGACAAAAUCUCAGGUGCCAGCUCGCUUGGUUUAGGCUCCCCUCUUGGAGAGAGCUUAUCACAAUCAAGGAGCCAUUAUCAACCGGGGUACCUAAUGUCCGUCGCACAAAGUAACAGCUUUCAGCAUGGUAGCCAGCGUCAUGAGGAAGCACCGUUGGUUCAAACAAAAGCGAAACUGAGCCAUUCCCUCGCUGGCGGGGCGUCGGACUUUGGUAUGGACUCUAUGUUUGAAAGCUCAAGGCCACGACAGCAGCUGGCAGACGAAGACGCUCCUCCGAUGAAUUCGAUCAAUGACAUUGUCAAUGAAGUAUAUUCCACCCCUUCGCGAUACUCGCCAAAGGUGCGAUUGACCCGGGUCCUGGCGAAGCGCAAUUUAACAAGUGUACUAGGACUCGCACCAACAGCUCAUUCUACGGCCACGCCUCUCAAUAUCGUCGUGUUUGGCUAUCCUCCGGACAAAUAUAGCGUGACGGUGGAGUAUUUCCGCUCAAUUGGCGAAACGACGGAGGCAGUGCAGAACCAGGACAUCUCAAAUUGUUUCCGGAUCGGCUAUGUUAAUCCCGCUGAGGCUAUGCGCGCUGUGCGUAAAAACGGGGAUGUCUUGAACGGUUCUUGGAUGAUUGGUGUGAAGUGGGCGGAUAUCGCUCAAGCGGAAGCUGUUUUGGGACCCUCCAUCAUCCGGUCGCUGCAGUCACCCGAAUUCAGCACAUUUAGUCCCGACACCAGCUUAUCCGCUGCUGCUUCAGGUGGAUUCCCAUCAAGUUCUCGCAUGGAUAUUGACGAGCCUGGCGGGCGCUCGCCACCAUCAACUCCAACCCCGACUGUCGGCCAGCCCAUCCGUUUGGCACCAUCCACCGCCGCAUUCCGCAAAUCAGGAAUAGCAGUGGAUGGUAUGCCACAGAACGUUCCGGCUAGCAUGCUCAAUGCAUUGCCUUCUCCGGGCGUCGUGCCUUCUCCGAGCAAGGGAAUGCUGGAACAGGUGUCGGAUCUGAUUUUCGGCUGGUGAGAGC